AGAAUCUCUGAACCACCCCACUUCUUAAUCGGACAGGUACUUCUCUCUCUCUCUCUCUCUCUCUCUCUCUCUCGUCUCCGUCUCACUCUGGUCGUUUAUCUCUCUCUGUUUGUUUAGUUGGUGAUUUAGAUGCUUAAACGUUACAUGUCUGGGCUCUAGCAAAUAAACACACCUUUUUCCAGGACUAAGGGGAUGUUCCAUCCAUGCCUGGAGUGAAUCGAUUCAACGCAUAUGUGAGUAAUGUUUGUGGCAGGGAUAUGACCUGACUGGCCUUGUGUUGCAGUAUGGGUCCAGAUCUGGAGCUUAAAGGAAGAUUAGAAAUGGUGACGGAAGCAUUGGGUAAUAUAGAGACUGCUGGUGCUAUGAAGGAACCAGAAGAUAAGCAUAUGAGAUGUGCUAGUAAUUAUGAGGACAACAAUUUUGAGAUGGAAGCUUUAGUGGAUGAAAAAACUGAAGGAGAAAGAAGUCAGGAUGUGGAGGUUAAUAUAUUUGAGCACACAAAUUCCGUUGACAUUGGCAUGGUUGAAGCUAAAUUCCAAGAUCAAACUGAAAAUUCAAGCUCUUUUGAGGAUACUAUUUCUGGGUUCGAGAAUGGCACAAUGUUGAGUGAUGCAGAAGUGGACUCAGGUUUGCAUGGUGAUGCUUCAUCAGCAUUGUCAGUUGAUGGGUUUAGUGAUUUUUUUCGAGUUAGGAAGAAGAGGUUGACACCUCACUGGAGGACAUUCAUACGGCCUCUUGUGUGGCGGUGUAAAUGGGUAGAACUGCAAAUCAAGAAAUUUCAGUCCCAAGCGAGUGAAUAUGACAGGGAGCUUGCAAAAUAUAAUCGAAGGAAGAAGACAGAGCUAGAAAGCUGUGUAUUAGAAGGUUUUGGAGCGAAGUCACUUCCAUUUCCGGGUCGAAGUCAAAGAAAAGAAGUCAUGAAGAGGAGGAAGAGAAAAAGAGUUGAAGAUACAGGGGACAUGGUGGGAUAUAUGUCCCGCCAUAAACUGUUCUCCUAUUUUGAAAAUAAGAGAUCUGCGGCCGAUGCUCCUUUUAUGGAUGAUGUUUUGGGGAAUCAAGUGCAAAUAAAUGGCAAUAGUGAGAUGGGGCUCAAUGAUGAACCAUUGUCCCUUGAGUUCAAUGACUCUUCUGUAGAACAGAUCCUUCAUAAGAUUGGUGUUGUACAUUUGCAAGUUACCAAUAUGAAGACCCGACUUCACAAAAUAAUGAGUGAAAAUGCUGGAAAGUUCUCUUCCACUGAUAAGCUGAGCUUGCUUGCACCAUGUAAUGCGUUGACCAGCUCUGCCGUGAAUCCUGCUUCUCCUCCCAACAAUGAAGACACAAUGCUAAUAGGAUCUUCUUCUUAUAUGGCAAACCAGCUUAUACAGGAGUAUAAUAUGGGUGAUCUGGUUAUGCCCGAAAGUGCAGCUUCAAGCCAUGGAGAAGUGACCCAUGUUUCUGAAAUAGUUGAAAGCACGGAUCAGCUCAAGGUUGGAGGAUCAUCAAAGAAUAUUGGGGAUGGAAUUUUGAUUUACAGUCGUAGACCCAAAGAAGAGCUGAAUAACAGAUUGAAAGAAGUUAAUAUUCAGACAGUAGGGAAGAAGCCCCGGGUACCAAAGGAAGAGCAAGAAGACACCUCCAUUCCUCCAUUUGAUGGUACAGAGCAUGAUCUGCCCACAGAAGAUCAAGCAGCUCCAAAGAUCCGGUCCAUUUCCAAACUUACUGCUACUAAGAACAAGAGAAAGCGAGGUAGACGAAAGGCUGGGUUGGGUAGGUGGAGCCGGCGCUCCUCAGGUUAGAUUCAUUUGAUAAUAUGAAGUUGCUGGUGUCUGCUGGGAAUAGCCGGCCCAGAAAAAGAAAAAAAGAUUUCAGGGUCUGUUUGGUUUGCUUGUUUCUUUUCCUAUUUUUGGGGACUCGUUUUGCCUUCGGUGAACUUUUUCUGACCACAACAUUGAAAAAGUUCAUUGAAAGGUGAAAAGAUGCCGUAAAGAUGAGCAAAUAAGCAAAGCAAGAACCAACAGGCUCUCAUUUUAGUGUGGCUUUGGUGCGAAGAAAAUCUGUACAUGCUGCCCAUUCUGCUAGAUUUAGCUCUCCCUUCCCCUCUCUCUUUGUUCAUGGAUGAAAAUUGUCCGUUGCUUCAGUUGCAUCUGUACAUACUAAUAGUUUGCUAUAAUCUCACUCCUUACCUUAAAACUGGUGUUUGAUUCGGAUACCUGUUGAGUUGAAUUAGUAUAUUGAGUUUUCAAUACCA